UUUAACUUUGAAUUGACACCCACAAUCUGCAUUCACAAAUCUUUCUUUAGAGUCUUCUCCUUUAGCGUCUGAAAAAGAAAACACAAUGGCCACCAAUGGCAUUUUAGCAAUAUUGCUUUUAUUUAGUUGUUUCGUUGUAAAUGCCAGUGCUUUCACGGCAUCUGGAUGGAUGCGAGCUCACGCAACCUUUUAUGGAGGUAGCGAUGCUUCGGGAACAAUGGGGGGUGCUUGUGGAUAUGGUAACUUGUAUUCAACUGGUUAUGGGACUAGAACUGCAGCACUGAGCACUGCAUUGUUCAAUGAUGGAGCAGCCUGUGGACAAUGUUACAAGAUUAUUUGCGAUUUUAAGUCCGAUUCUCGGUGGUGCAAGAGAGGAAUGUCUGUGACUGUUACGGCGACCAACUUUUGCCCUCCAAACAACGCUCUCCCAAGUGACAAUGGAGGGUGGUGCAACCCACCCCGUCAGCAUUUUGACAUGGCUCAACCCGCUUGGGAAAAGAUCGGUGUAUACCGAGGGGGAAUUGUGCCCGUGCUCUAUCAGAGGGUUCCAUGCAAGAAGCGUGGUGGAGUUAGAUUCACGAUGAACGGUAGGGAUUACUUUGAGCUCGUGAUGAUUAGCAAUGUGGCAAAUGCUGGAUCAAUCCAAUCAGUGCAAAUCAAAGGGUCAAGAACUAAUUGGAUGACAAUGUCUCGGAAUUGGGGUGCCAAUUGGCAAUCCAAUUCUUAUCUCAAUGGCCAAUCUUUAUCCUUCAGAAUCACUACUACGGAUAGAAUAACCAAAACUUUCCUAAAUGUAAUCCCAGCAAAUUGGGGUUUUGGCCAGACAUUUUCAUCCCCAAUUCAGUUCUAAGCUGAAGAUUGUUCUCGAGUUUCGGGUUUUCAGAGGCAGCGGCGUGCUUACUAUUUUAACUGAAGCAGCCCGCCGAAUGUCUUGCAUUAUACGGUACAGAUACGGAGUUAUUGUCGGGAAGAGGUGGGAUUUUCUUAUUAAUGGUUGAUGGAGCCUGAAACUGAGGAUUUAUACUGUAUUCAGCAAUUGUUUUCAAAUUUACUGAAAAAUACAUAUGCACAAUAAGAAGCUGGCUCAAUCUGCAGCUUCAAGAAAGUUGUAUUUUCAUUUUUCUUUGUAUGUAGUAGUGGCGAUAUUGAUUCAUCGUCCUUAUUUUCUUCAAAGCGUUCAACAAUAUUCUAUAAA